AUGGCUGUCGGUAUGACGCUCAACCAGCUGUAUGCCCCGCCGUCGUCGACGACGUCUUGCGUGACCGACUCGGUGCCCUUGUUGGCCACGGCAGCUGCGCUCACCCCACCGCAAGGCCACAGCCCUCAAAGCUCCAAUCGAGACGUCAAGGUCAAUAAUGCAGCGAUGCAGUCGAUGGACCGGAUCUACCACAUGCCGUACGCCGCUCCGCCGCCGUCAUACUCGCUGCAGUAUUCCCAUCCAGCCACGUCUACUGCUACCACGACUUCCUCUUCGACUCCUUCCUGCACGAACGGGGGGAUGCUCUUUCCACACCCGCUGACCAAGCCGGGGCCCAGUACGUCGGAAGACUAUGCAGCUGAUCCGCUGCCUUUUGAGUACGCUCGCAAGUACUCACCGGCCCCUCGAGAGGACGUCGCGGCUUCGUCGAGCUACAACGACUCGUACCCUUCGCACUCCAUGUACGCUCCAAGCGGUCCUUGUGCCACUCCACAUCAACAACAACAACAACAGCCGUCUCCAUCCCCAGUAUCUUCAUCACGUGGGACAAGUACGUACAGCCACCACCAAUACACGGAACCAAGUGGGCGAGGGAGCUGCUUCCACUCCCAUCCCGACAUGGCUACAUCCGUACCCCACCCCCACUUCCGUCGCUCGACAGCUACGACGCAGAUGUACAACCCUAUGCCUAGUCCAAUGCUGUCCAAUCACGCGUUCCCGUCGUUGCUCGACCCAGUAGUCGGGAGUGGUACAAAAAAGGAAGUCGAGACGUACCACCCGCACCCGCAAUCGACUCCCGUCUAUAACACGGAAACAUCAAGGGGUGGGACGACUGGUCAUGUCGCAGGUGCUAGUACUAGCAGCAGCGGGACUACCAAUGGCCCGGCUCAAGAAGCGAUGAUCAAGGUCAAGACGCCGCUCAAGCUCAAGUACUGGCGGAACGGCCGACGGAACCUCCAGUGCUUCCCCAGCUGCAAAGUCUUCGGCGACUACUCGGCCAUCAAGAUCGAAGACCUCAAGCAGCACGACUUCAUGUGGGGCAAGUGUCGCGGCAGUCUCGUCACGGAAGUCACGCUCAACUCGAACGUGACGUUCGACGACCUCGUGCUGCUGGGCCGCGUGCACUCGCUCGAGAACAUCCCCGUGGCCUUUGAAGAAGCCGUGAUCCGCGAGUGCAUGUUGGGCCGCACGAUCGAGCGGGACGAGAUGGAGGCCAUGAAGGACCAGUGGAUCCUGGGUGAGCGGCUGCCGGAUUUCGUCCAGCAAGACGCACACGUCGCGUGCUUUGAGUUCAAGCCCAAGGUGUGGAAGUACACGGAAGACAUGGCCCAGGGCAAGUGCAAGCGGCGCAACGUCAAGUACUAUGUGCAGUUUGAGGCGUUCGUGCGCAUGGGCGCGACGGCCGCUGAUACUGGAGACCGUCGGUACUACGCCUGCAUUGGCUCGGGCAUGUCCACGUCCUUUGAAGUGGGGUCCAGUCGCGUGCUCGCGCGUCAGAAGCGCAAGGCUGCGACGUGUGCUGCGGAGGCUGCAGCCGCCUCCUCCUCGAGUUUGACGUCGUCGGAGCUGAUGCAGUCGCAGCAGCUCUUGGCGCUCAAUAACAGCGGGAACUCGCUCAUGCAUCACAAUGUCAUGGCCGGGACGCCGCACUCCAUGUACGCGUACCAAGCGCACCACGACGGACAGUCGCGGAGCUUGCCGCCGACGUUCCCACACCCACAGGUGAUGAUGCAUCAGAUGCCGCCGUCGCAGUCGGAAGUGGUGCACUAUUUUACGUCGCAGCAGCACCAGCACCAGCAGCAGCAGCUUUCGUACCGGCAUCACGAGUCUUCGAGUCAGUUGUCGUCGUCGCAGCUGUCGGUCGGAGACAAGCGCAAGGUGAGCAGCGAACGGCCGGCGUUCCUGACCGAUCGCUCGGCCAAGAUGCUCAAGGUCAUGACCGGCGUCCCACAGUCCGUGCCGAUCUAG